UUCAACAAAGAUCCUACAACAAAUGCUAGCAAAUGGUUGAGUUAUGAUUUAAAUAAUCCACAAAACCGUACGGCGUAGUGUUCAUGUUUAUAAUUCUAUGGCUCUCUGUUUUGGCUCUGUGUGCCGUCCUGCUUUCAGCAACAACAAGACCCAUUCUUCUUCUCUUCAAAUUCCGCUCACUUACGCCCUAAUUUUCCUCAAUCUCUCAAACGCUCUUAAGAAAUGGCCUUCUUCGCCGCUGUAUCGGCUUCUUCGCCGGCAGUUUCUCCGCCGCCUAACCGGAGCAGUCGGUGGGUAGAGUUUGUCGUCGGAGCAGUGGUGGUGGUGUCGUUGAGCGCGUUUCUGUUCUUUGUUUUUCGUCGGAAAAUUCUGCGGAGUUUCCGGCAGCGGCGGCGGAACACUGACGGAAGGUUGAAGGAAGGGAAAUCGAAGCCGAGGAGGUUCCGAUUUGAGGAAUUGGAGAAGGCGACGAAGAAUUUCAGAAGCGAUUAUUUGUUAGGGUUUGGUUCGUUUGCUAAUGUUUAUAAAGGUGUUCUUGAGAGCCACGAAAUCGUGGCCAUUAAAAGACCGCAUAGUGAUUCAUAUACGAGUCUUGAAGAAUUUCGAAAUG